AAUAGGAAAACAGAAGAGAAGAAGAUUCAGUGAUCGAGGCUCUGCAAAGUGGUGCUAAGUAAAGAAAUAGUUCUAAUGUGCUCCAGGAAAACAACUUGGAUUUCUGCUUGUUAUCAUCCUUCCUCUCUUGGUGUAGCUUGCUUCUUGUUUAUACUGUACAAGCUCUUCCCUUCCCUAUUUGCUCUUCUUCUAAGUUCUUCCCCAGUCAUUGUUUGCACAACACUUCUUCUUGGAAUCCUUCUGAGUUACAGUGAACCGAAUCUUCCCGGGAACAAAGCUGACAAUGAUGACACUGCCGAGGCAAGUUCUUCGCUGAAGAUUGAGUCUGUUCCAAAUGAGAAGGGUUUCAGGGACAAGUCUCGUGUGGGGAAUAGAAGGGCAACUAAGAGAUUGACAGUAAGAACCAUUGUUUUGGGUGACAGAAGGCUCGAUGCAGCAGAAGCCACUUUUGUUGCUUCAAAUUCUUCUAUCGAGGAAGAUAAUGGCAAGAAAGCUUGUUUGGACUCUGAGUCUGGUGGUGCACAGGAUUCUGAUUCUUCUAAGUCGAACACUGCGCCGGUGCUCGAUGAGCUUGACCCGUCUGUUUCCGAAGACAAUUCCGGUGAUGAUUCUGCAGCAUUCUCAGAGAACCAUGCAUCAGAUGAUGGCAGCACGGAGGAGGAGACUGAGAACCAAGAUGAAGAAGAGGCACAGAAGGAGAAAGAUGAGGGAGGCAAAGCUGCUGUAAGAUGGACCGCAGAUGAUCAGAGGAACCUCGUAAAUCUUGGGAAUUCUGAACUGGAAAGGAAUCGCCGGUUGGAGACUCUGCUCGCCAAACGAGAAGCGAGGAAGGUGCUGCAGAGAAAUCUGAUAGACCUGGACGACAACAUGGAGAAGGGACAUGGCCAUCUUCCAUGUGUCAAUGCACCGAGAAGGAACCCGUUCGACCUUUCCUGUAGCUCGGAUGACUACUUUCCUGGUUCGGCUCCUUCCGUGCUCCUGCCGAGACCGAGUCCAUUCGAUCUCCUCGACGAUGAUCCGGUAGAAGACGAAAAGAAUUCGAGGCAGCAGGACUUCGCUGCAGCUCCACAACGCGAUAUCUUCUUCAGAAGGCAUGAGAGCUUCAGCGUCGGUUCAGUUUUCAGCGAAUUCAAGCAAGAGAAGCGUGUUUCCAGAUUCAACCCUUGUGUUGGUGCAGAAAAGAAUGAGCCAGAGGAGACAGCUUGUGCUGAUUCAAAGAUGAAUUCUACUUCAGAAUCCGAUGAACACAACGCAAAACCUUCGAGUGACAGCAUGAUCACAGAACAAGCUCAUCAACCCACUGCAAGAUCUGCAGCAACCCAAGACGAGUGCAGCGAAGACUCGGUAGGCAAUUCACCCACUUCAUAUGGUGAGAGGGUUGAAGUGAUUGACGAGGAGCACAAGUCAAGCUCCUCCACUGCAUCAUCAUCGUCAGAAGAAAAGAGUGAGUCCCAAAAUGAGAACUCCUGA